UGUCUCCAUACAGCAGCGCAGAUCUACAAGAAGCACACACGGACUGUCUGAGCUCUGCAUCUUUUUUUACCUUAAUAAUAUUUAUAUUGUCUAUUUAUUUAUUUAUUUAUUUGUCUGUUUGUCAAUCGGGAUCGUUUUGCGCACUGGCUGUAAUUCGCGUUUAUUAAUCCGCAUCCCAUCAAGGACACUCGAUCGACCAAAGUAACUCGCACAUCUCCACAUCUGUCAGAAAGAAGAUCAGCCUGAACACAGACCUGCUGCACAGACGGAGAUAAUCGGAGUUGUUGUUGUUGUUGUUGUUGUUGUGCUGUUUUCCGUCAUCAUGCCCAGUCUGCGUCAGUCCUACAACGUGACGGUGCUGGAGGAUGCGCCGGCCUCCGCGUUCCCAUUCAGCAAAGCCGAGCGCAGGAAAACCGGCUCCGUGUCGCGCUCCAUGCUGGUCUCCACAUUUGUGGGGCUCAUUAUUAACCAAGCGAAGAACUCUAAGAAUGCUCAGGGACUUGUGGGCCUGAGGAACCUGGGGAACACUUGCUUCAUGAACUCCAUCCUGCAGUGUCUGAGUAAUACACACGACCUGCGUGACUACUGUCUGCGCAACACACACCGUACGGACCUCAACAACAACUGCAGGGCCAAGGCGGCGCUCAUGGAGGAGUUUGCGAAGCUCACACAGACACUGUGGACGUCAGCGAGUCAUGAAGCAAUCAGCCCUUCUGACUUCAAAACUCAGAUUCAGAAGUAUGCUCCUCGCUUCGUGGGAUACAAUCAGCAAGAUGCUCAGGAGUUCCUGCGUUUCCUUCUGGACGGACUCCAUAACGAAGUGAACAGGGGGUCGCUGAGGCCAAAAGCAUCUAUAGAGGACUUCGACCACCUCUCGGAUGAUGAGAAAGCCAAGAAGAUGUGGAACAGGUACCUGGAGAGAGAAGACAGCAAAGUAGUCGAUUUAUUUGUGGGCCAGCUGAAGAGUUCACUGACCUGCAACGAGUGUGGCUUCUGUUCUACCGUAUUCGACCCAUUUUGGGACCUGUCUUUACCUAUCGCCAAGAGCUCUGGUGAGGUGACGCUGCUCGAUUGCCUUCGGCUUUUCACUAAGGAGGACGUACUAGAUGGCAUUGAGAAACCAACAUGCCAGAGGUGUAAAGCCAGACGGAAAUGCACAAAGAAAUUCACCAUCCAGAAAUUCCCAAAAGUCCUUGUGCUUCAUCUGAAACGCUUCUCGGAUACUCGUCUCAAAACAGCCAAGCUGUCCACAUUUGUCAACUUUCCCAUUAAAGAACUGGAUCUGUGUGAAUUUGCUUCAGACAACAGCACGCAUGCAGUUUAUAACCUGUACGCCGUGUCCAAUCACACCGGCACAGCUCUGGGUGGCCAUUACACCGCAUAUUGCCGAAACCCUUCCACAGGAGAGUGGUACUCCUACAACGACUCCAGGGUAAGUCCAAUGUCCUCCAGCCAGGUGCGCAGCAGUGACGCCUAUGUGCUCUUCUAUGAGAUUGCCAACUCCUCACGGUUGUGAUCCAGUCUCCAGCCUUAAAGAUGGACUUUAAAGUCUUGGACUUACCUGGGUCAAAAAACUGGUCUGGUCUGGGACUUUUUUCAUCAGAAGACUGUGAGCCACAUACUGAGAUUGUUUUCCUGAACAAAGGCUCACAGUUAACUGAACUGAGAUUGGGCCUGCUUGAUUCUUAGAAGUCUGGAACUUGAGACACAGCCCUGAUUGAGCUUCCAUAAAAGGGCUUCCCUGUCCCAUACUCUCCUGAUGAAAACUGCUGCUGUUCAGGGCACAGGGAUGAAAACACACUCCUCAUGGGGAAAGACAGAAACUGUACACUACCUCGCAUAAUGAGCAGGACUCUGUGUGUGUGUGUGUGUGUGUGUGUGUGUGUGUGGGCAAAAGAAUGUCAAAGAACUAUGCACUCUGUAUCUAAAGCUUCAAAGUCGCUCAUCAUGACACUUUAUUUUUCCUAAAAUGUUCAUGUAUUUAAGAGAUGUGGGUCCAUAUUUAAAUAUGGAUCACAACAGGAAAUUACUUUAAAGGUAUACUUGGGCAAAAAGAAAACGUUUUCUUUUACCAAAGUGUCCUGGAUCACCAUGUUUGGUGUUUAAUAUUUGCAGUUGUGCUACAUGGCUAAUUAAGCUAACAUGAAAUAAAAGUAUAUGUCACCCAGAAUCAUUUUACAAAGUUCUGCCUUUACAAAGCUGUUUAUCUUGCUUAGAUCAGUGUUCGUUGCCCUGUGAUGGAUUGGUGAACUUUCCAGGGUGUGUCUUGGUCCCAGUGUUUCCAGGUGCUAUAUGCACCAAAUCUGUGACUAAGAUAAAGCGACAAUAAUUUUUUUAAUGAAUGAAUACAUUAUUGAAUUUUGCUGUACAGUAUAGUCAUGUGCUAUACAUCUGGAUAGCAGUGUUGGGUUGCUUUUCACAAAUGUAUUCAUUUAAACAUGAGCUACUUGUUAGUUACAUUAGCUUCAUAGCUCUGGUACAAAACUAAAGAAGCAUUUUGCAUACUCAGCUACAUUGUGGGUACAGUCACGGGUGUAAACUGAAUUUUUACACCUAAUUGGUUAAUUAAAGCAGAGUUAUUAAAAAACCUUUAAUAACACAAGGAGUCACAAGGAGUGUGUGUAUGUGUGUAUGUGUGCUUUUUUUAUUUAUUUAUGAAGUACAAAUUGUGAAUGUAUGUACCUGAGUCACUGUAAGGCCUCCAUGUUUGAGGUUUCAGAUGAGUCAGUGAACUGAAUUGUGAUCAUGUGACUAAGUGUGAGUCUUAUUAAUGGGGCUCUGCGUUAGGUACGUUUGGCUUUAUGAAAGCCAAAUAGAUGUAAAUAUCAAUAAAUUAAUUAAAUUCAUACAGAA